GCAGCUCUCACCUCCACAUCAGCUGCUCUCCCAUUGGUCAGUUCCCUGCGUUCUGCUCUCCCAUUGUAACUGACAUCUACAGUUUGAGCAUAUAUGAUACGGACCGAGACCACAGAAUCAUUCCCCUGCAACAAUCAGGCCACCAUGCUGUCCAUUCCAGAUCUGAUCAAGAAGAAGAGGGACGGCAAAGCCCUCAGUGAUGAAGACAUCCAGUUCUUCCUCCAGGCUGUAGUUGGGAACAACAUACAGGAAGCUCAAACAGGGGCGAUGCUAAUGGCCAUCUUCACGAAGGGCAUGGUUGCCACGGAGACGAUGGCCCUGACCAAAGCGAUGAAGCUGUCGGGGGAAGUGCUGUCGUGGCCCGAGGAGUGGGCGGGGCUUGUGGUGGACAAACACUCCACUGGCGGCGUGGGAGAUAAAGUGAGCCUGGUGCUAGCGCCAGCGCUAGCGGCCUGUGGCUUGAAGGUUCCCAUGAUCAGUGGGCGGGGCCUCGGUCAUACUGGAGGAACUCUGGAUAAACUGGAAUCAAUCCCAGGGUUUAACGUCAGACAGCCGCUCCCAAAGCUGCGGUCCAUUCUGGCAGAGUUGGGCUGUGUGAUGGUGGGUCAGACUGACUCUCUGGUCCCAGCGGACCGCAUCCUCUACGCCCUGCGGGACGUCACCGGCACUGUGGAAAGCCUGCCCCUCAUCGCCGGGUCGAUCAUCUCUAAGAAGGCAGCAGAGUCUCUGAACUCCUUGGUCCUGGACGUCAAGUUUGGGAGAGCAGCUUUCUGCAAAGACCUAGCUAGCGCUAAGGCGCUAGGAGAGUCCAUGGUGGCCGCCGGUAACAACCUGGGCAUGAAUACGAGGGCGGUGUUUACCCACAUGAGCAAUCCUAUUGGUCGAUGCAUCGGCAACAGUGUGGAGGUCAUCGAAUCACUGGAGACCCUGAAGGGAAAUGGACCCAGCGACCUGAUGGAGCUGGUCAGCACCCUGGGGGGCGUGUUGCUGGUGAUGACAGGCAAAGUGAGCAGCCUAUCAGAGGGCGGCAAAUUGAUCACUAAGAGUGUGACUGGUGGAGCAGCUCUGGCUAAGUUCCAGGCCAUGAUGGUAGCUCAGGGCGUGUCCAAUGAGAAUGCUCAAUCGCUAUGCUCCGCCCAAGCAGACUACCACAGCAUCCUGAGGAGAGCAGACCACCAGACAGAGCUACGCACACACACCCAGGGGGUUGUCAUGGAGAUCGAUGGGCUUGUCUUGGCCGAGGUCCUCCAUCAGCUUGGGGCAGGGCGAACGAAUGCUGGAGAACCUAUCAAUCACAGUGUCGGGGCGGAGCUACUGGUGUCAUUGGGUGACAGUGUAAAUAAAGGCCGCCCCUGGUUACGGAUCCACUUUGAGAGUCCGGCUCUGACCCCAGACCAGACGAGUCGUUUGGAGGGCGCUCUGACUCUCGGUGGAUCAGGAGACAAACCUCUCCGAGGAUCGCUAAUCGAGGAGAUAUUCCCGCCCAUGUGACCUGUCAGUCAUUGCCUUUUAAGGAAGUUCAGCUACCGCCUUAUGAUCAAGUAGAUGAAUGAUGAUUGAAGUUUUCUUUUAUUUGGGGUUAUUGAUAACAUAAUAAAGUUUACAUUGACGCUUUAAACUUUUUAUUUUUAAACAAUGUGUAAUACACCACCUAACUCCACAUCACGAAUCACCCACUAAUACCCAUAAUGCACCACCUAAUACCCAUAAUGCACCCCCUAAUACCCAUAAUGCAUCACCUAAUAGUAGUGUAUCUCUGUGUUGACAUUUCUUCGUCUAGGAACAGGCCAGUGCCUCUCCUACUGAUACAAGGUUUUAUUUCCAACAUUCCCCCAUUUGUUAUGUCCGAACAAGGACGAACCAACCCGGUCGUCUGGGACAUAGCCUGGGCCAUAUACCUUAUCAAGGGAGACACUGCAUCUGUGAUUUUGUUAUUCACGCUUUCUUUCCUAUAAUACUCGCCCCAAACCUUUGGCUCGGUGAGAAGAGGGAUCGACAGGCAAGGAGCACUGCAUUUUCUGCAGGAAACCCUGAAUACCCAAGGUGCACCCCCUAAUACCCACAAUGCACUGGCUUAUAGGUGUACGGCUGUUAUAGGGGUUGUUUAUUGGACCAUGGACGUCUCGGGGUCAGCUCGGAUACGCUAAAUCUGGCUGGUGUUUUCACCAACGACGGUACCCUUAUGGUAGGGCAGGGUUUAUACGGUGUAGCCUCCUACUAAAUUCAAUGAAAAAAAACGCGACACAUUAAAACAAAAAGCAACAAUGGAUCUUUUGCAAGCAGUAACAGCAGUUCCUGAUCUUCUGCACAACAAUUUCUUCAAUAAACAAAGCUUUCGCCGUUGUCCAUGAAUACCUCCCGGAUA